CUGCUCCUCUCACCUCCUCACCUCAACCCACCACGACCAUGAGCUGCUCUGGCUGUUCCGGAGGCUGUGGCUCCAACUGUGGGGGCUGUGGCUCCAGCUGCUGUGUGCCCGUGUGCUGCUGUGUGCCAGCCUGCUCCUGCUCCAGCUGUGGCUCCAGCUGUGGGGGCUGCAAGGGGGGCUGCAAGGGCUCCUGUGGGUCCUGUGGGGGCUGCAAGGGGGGCUGCAAGGGCUCCUGUGGGCCCUGUGGGUCCUGUGGGGGCUGCAAGGGCUCCUGUGGGUCCUGUGGGGGCUGCAAGGGGGGCUGCAAGGGCUCCUGUGGGCCCUGUGGGUCCUGUGGGGGCUGCAAGGGCUCCUGUGGAUCCUGUGGGGGCUGCAAGGGGGGCUGUAGCUCUUGUGGUUGCUGUCAGUCCAGCUGCUGUAAGCCCUGCUGCUGUGAGUCCAGCUGCUGUAAGCCCUGCUGCUGUGAGUCCAGCUGCUGUAAGCCCUGCAGCUGUGAGUCCAGCUGCUGUAAGCCCUGCUGCUGUCAGUCCAGCUGCUGUAAGCCCUGCUGCUGUCAGUCCAGCUGCUGUAAGCCCUGCUGCUGUCAGUCCAGCUGCUGUAAGCCCUGCUGCUGUCAGUCCAGCUGCUGUAAGCCCUGCUGCUGUGAGUCCAGCUGCUGUAAGCCCUGCUGCUGUCAGUCCAGCUGCUGCCAACCCUGCUGCGUCCCCGUGUGCUGUCAGUGCAAGAUCUGAGCCUGUCUUGUGCCCCCCAGUGCCUGUGUCCACACCCACAGCUUCAGGAGCCCUGACGUUCCCCCGUCCCCCCUGGAUCUCCACCUGCAGGUGUGGACAGACUCCCCCUCUGUCCUGUCCUUGGAGUCAUGCUCCCCCUCCUGCCCUGCACGCCACUGGUGCCGCUGCUCCUGGGCCUGGCCCAGGCUCCUCAAAGGGGCUCCCUCCAGAACUCACCCUCUUUCCUGCCCCCGGGAUACCGCCAGAUGGAAGAGACCCUGAGCCUAAGGAUACUGUGUGCCGGUUGCCAAGAGAGCUGGCCAGCCUGUGUCACCCCAUGGCCAGUUCCCAGCUACCCCCAGGCCCAGUGCUGGGACCCCUUGUGACUCCCUAAUAAAAAACCCUACCCACCCACAGUCUGUGUCAAUGAGUCUUCCUAGAGUCUGGUCAGUGUCUGGUCAGCUGCCUGCUGCCCCCGCCUGGGUGCUCUGCCCCUCCAGCAGCCCGGCCGGGCACCUGUGGGCAUUGCUGCAGGGAGGG